UAGAGCUUUCCUUCCACCUUUUUUUUUUUCAUGUGAACUCGAGCCAAUCUUGCCACUCAAGCAUUCGCAUCCUCGAGCGCAACACCCUCUUUCUUUCUUUCUCUCUCUCUGCAUGGGCGGCAAGGACAACGAGCCCAACGCUGACGGCUUGUUCACGCCCAGAGCCGACUACAUGUCACCAGCUCCUCAGUCGCACCAGAAACGUCAGAACCUCAUCUGGGGUAGCGUCUCGCUCUUCCUACUGCUCAACGUCAUCGCGCUCUACAUUCUGCACUUCGUUGACCGUAGCAACAAUGGCGACUCGGUCACGAGCACCAUCUCGGCCUCGACGCUUUCAAGCACCAAUGCCAACUCAGCCUCGGAGGGCCAAGCCGUGAGUUACACGACGGGCGGCCAGCUCACGGCCGGUGCCGGCACCACCGCGUACCUGGCCGCGGCCUCGCUGCCAUCCGAUGACCAAUUCAUGGCCUACAUUAAGUUCGCACCGCUCGGCACGUCCGAGACGGCGUACGCCUCCAACAUCGUUUCGUACCAGACCGGCAAGUCGCCCGACAUCAAUUGCACCGUCACAGUCGCCACGACCGAUGCGGACAGCAAAACCGUGAGCAUCGCCGACGCCGACAGUGGCAACGUCUUCACUGGAUCAACCGUUAAGGGUCUGGCCACGCUUUCAGACUCGUUGGCCAUUGCUCUUACAACCGUCACGAGCUCAGACGGGCUCAGUGUUACUACGUACGUGACGCCUGUCACGAUCAAUGACGGCUCCAUCGCCGUGCAACAGAGUCAGACUGUUGAGGCGACCAAUACGUCUACGAGUACCUUCAUCACCCGCGUGUCUGACACGAGCUUCGCCCUAGUGUACUACGAAUCGUACCUAAACACUCCUUACUACCAGCGUAUCGUCGUCGGCACCGUCUCGAACGACGGGUCUAUCUCGUUCUCGGAAUAUCUCGAGUUCGGCAAUGCCAACGGUGCCACGUUCACGCAGUAUGGCACGCCGCAAUCAGUGUUCAACUCAAGCAACACAGUCACGGUGCCCUGGUACGUGGAGGCGUCCACGACGUCGAGCAAUGACACCACGUCCUCCUCUGUAGGCAACGUGGGUCUGUGCCUGUUCACCGCCAGCCUCUCGGAUAACACACUGACUGAAACAGGUGAGGUGUGCGAUACGACUGUGAGUCCUGCAUACUACAUCGACUCGGCCAAGAUCUCAGAGACGGUGAUCGCACUGAGCUACUUCGACACGGCCAACAACUACGCACUGACCGUGUCGCUGGUUGAGUUUUCCACUAUCAAAGGUUCGCCCACAUUCCGUAGCAGCUACGUGGUCGAUGAGUCUGUGGGUGCAAUUGACUUUGGCUCUGCUUUCGGUUUCUACCCAACGCCGGUCGUUCGCGUGCUGACCAACAACCGUCUGGCCGUGGGUUUCCUGAACCCGGCCAACUCCGGCAAGCCGAGCAUUAAGGUGCUAUCGUACUCGUCGGACUUGACACUAUCGGAGGAGUCUCCGGUGCUCCCUGUGGCCAACGCAGACUUCUCUCUGGCCUCAGCCGACCCGAAUGCUGGCGGAUCAAUCGUCCUGGACGUAGUGGCAACGGAGACCGGUGCUCUAAUCGGCUAUGCAGGUCUGUGGGCCGGCGCUCAAAACCAGCGUGUGGCAUUGGUGGAGUCGUUCGGCAAGCCGGUGGGUGUUGUGUCCAACGUGGACGGCUCCGACGUCGAUGUUGCGCUGUCGGGCACUGUCGACGUCUCCAGUUCGCUUGUCAAGGGAACGACCUACUACGCCUCGACUGAGGGCACGCUGUACGCUGCGUCGACCACCUCGACGGAUGACUACAUCCUUGCCAACGACAACACCGUCGUCAUCUCCAAAGACGCACUCGUGGGCGUCGCUAUCAGCAGCGACAAGCUGGUGGUCACGGUCUAACGCUGUUAUCAUGAAACGAACUGAAUCCGUUGUUUAUAGUUUCCCAUACUCCAGCAGAUCGUCAACUCUGUAGGCAGACCAACUAAGUCAAUAACAAAUGUACAUGUAUUUUUUUU